ACCCACUGUCGUAUCAUACGAUAAGACAGUGACGGUAAACCCAAACUACUAGUCAAUUUCAAGUAUACAAUUAGUAAUUACCCCGAGUGUUCCGGUUGCUCAGAUUUAAUAAAAAUAAACUUUGUAUGGUUUCUAAACGAAUUUUUGAUGUUUUGAAGCCUGUUUACAUUUACUGUCCUUCACUCCUCUGCCCUGCAUGGUUCAAGUUUUAUCUUUGUUUCGGGUCACAGUGACGUCAUCUUGCGUUAAGUAACUACUGAUUUGUUAUACGUACCCGAGGGAAACAAUCAUCGUUGAUUAUUUUCCUGUUAUGUGCGCAUCAUAAAACUUCUAUCGCAGUUCAAUAUUGCAAUUCCUUAAAGUUUGCCGUUCAAAGAACAUCGCCAAGAAAGGUUGAUUAGUGUUCGCGAUCAGUGCUUGUAUGGUUAUAUCUACAGAAAACACGUUGUUCUUUAAAUAAUCUUUAAAAGACACAUUCAAGAAAAAAUGGAGAAGAGAGCAACAAGAUUUUGCCUUAAUCACAUAUCUUUCACAGUACUACUUGGCGCAACAGUAUUCGUCUACAUUGGAUCAAUAGGACCUUAUACGUCUGGAAUACUCACCACAAUGCAAAGGGAGUUUCAGCUUAAGAGUUCGGAAGUUGGAAUCAUUCUCAGUAUAAACGACAUAGUUGCACUCAUCUUGGUCACUCCAACCGCUUAUAUCGGAACAUCCCGUCAUCGACCCAGGAUUCUUGGUGUUUUAACGAUUUUUUUCACCAUCGGGUGUUUCAUGUGCGCCCUUCCUCAGUUUGCUGGAAAUAGGAACCGGACAAUUGAUCACACGUCAUCAUCCCCAUUCAACGAAACAGCAAACGCUGUAGACUUCCCCUCGAACUCUAACGGUUCCAUGCAAAGUAAAGAUAUCUGCGAAAUCGAACGUGAUGGAGGGGGAGAGGAGAGCGAGUGCUCAAAGGAAGAACUCGAUGCAUCGGGGGCGCAGUAUGGAAGAGCCUUAUGGUUUCUCGUCGGUCAGGGAUUCAUUGGGGUAGGCUCUACUGGAUACUGGACCCUUGGACUAACAUACAUGGACGACGGUUUGCCUUCCAAGACAGCCCCUUAUAUGUAUUUUGCUACACUGUUUAUGUUGGUCAGCGUGUCACCCCUAGCAGCUUUUGCACUCAGUGGAUUCGCACUGUCCUUACACACCGAUUUCUACAAAAUUGACGUCCACGAACUGGGCUACGGAAGUAAAGACCCUCGAUGGAUAGGUGCCUGGUGGCUCGGGUAUGUCAUCUACGGGCUAUUGAUGGGCCUAAUUGCAAUACCAUACUUCUUUUUCCCAAAGAUGUGGCCAGAAAAGGAUGUUCCGAUGGAUGAUAUGAAAGAGAAAAACGUAAUCGAAGAAGAUGAUGAUCAGCCUACCGCAGCAUUCUUGAUAAAGAGCAACCUUCCUGACCCUGACUCAACGAUCCUGGGAAUGAUCAAGGGCUACUUCUCCGCUGUUCGUCGCCUUGCUACCAACAUGACGUACUCGACUGUAAUUAUGUCAUCAGUUGCCGAUUCCAUUAUGUUCAGUGGAUUCUUUUCGUUUCUUGGGCGCUACCUGCAGACACAAUAUGACGUCACACCAUCGAUGACGUCAAUUAUACUUGGUGAGCUUAAAACUGAGACGAAUUCGGCAAGGGACAUGUCUGAUUCGAUAUUAAAUCCAUGUCGUUAUACAUCGAUUUCACUUAUACGGCUGUGAGUUGAUAACCUUUACGAUUAAGCGUAAGAUACGUGUAGACUAAAUCUGUUAUGUGGACAACUUAAUGAAUCAUCCGAACUGUCAGUGGAAUGUGAAUUUCUGCAGUGGGAAAUAGAGCAACGGGAUCCAUUUCCAGAUUGUUUUAAUCCAACUAACAGAACAAGUACGAUUUCCUGGUUACACUUCGUAAUUCUUCUUAAGGUUCGUUAUUCGGAAGGUUGGUAAUUCCGAAACACGUAAAUUGCCCAUAUCUUGAUGUUCGUUAAUCCGAACAUUUGUGGCGUUAUUCCGAAGGUUCGUUAGUCCAAAAAUGAAAUAAGGUUCGUUGUUCCGAAGGUUUGAUAAUCCGAAAAAUGAAAUGCUUGGUGGCGAAGCCAGGAAAACCGGAAGGGUAAGCAAGGUGGAGGGGGCAAAGGAGAGAAAAAAAGAACAAAGCCUGUUGGAAGUGAUUUCUGAUAUAUAUCUUAGGUUUUAUUUUUCGCGAGAGAGUGUUACGAGCGAUGGGUUUGGAAAAUUUUUCAAAGCUGAUGUUGUAAAAAUCGUUUUUUGGGUCAAUUACUGUUAAAAUGCAUCCUUGGGAGUAGUUGCGAGCGUGAAUCGCAAGCUCAAACUCUUGGACUUUUAAAAAAGAAAUGGAAAUGAAACAUUCUGAGCAGGUUUUGCAAUCAUUAAAAAGAUGUGCAUCUAACUGAAGAAUUAACAUGGGCGCGAAGUGUUAGCUGAAAUAUAUUAUAUUGACAAGAAAAGGAACUUGUAAAGGACUGCGUUUAGUGACUCAUGAAUAAAAUACAUCGAAUAAUGCGAGUGCGAAGCGCGAGCUAAAAAUAUAUUCCAGCCAGAAAACUGGCCUAACCCUUUUUAUAACCAGAAACGGUGAGUACCUUACUAAACAAUUUCUGAUAUCAAUAACCAAAAAAAAAAGGGAUUUUCUAAUCUAAAUUGUAUACUUUAAAAGGGGUACUUUAAGAAAAACGGCACAUUUCAUUUUGGGAAAAAACAAGGGGAAUUCCUAUUUUGUAAAAAAUAGUAUUAAUACAGGAAUUUGUUUGGGGGUGCAAGUGCCCCCUGCCCCCCCCCCCCCGCUUUCACCUGUGGGAAGGGGCUGAUCUAUCGUUACCAGGGGCGUUUACGUACGCAGAAUUCUCUCAAAGGGAUGAUCAUAAACUUAUAAGGCUAGUUCAUGUUUUUCUCUCAUUGCUAUACCUGCAAAUAUUUAUUCUAUUAUUCAUAUUAUUUAUCCGGUUUAAUGUAUUUUAAAGACGACUCGGCGAUUUAAAAUGAUUUAUAGGUCGGCGAACAAAGCCAGGUCAUGAAGGUGUUUGUAAUUUGGAAUGGCGCGGUUGACGAGGUGAUACGUCACAAUGGUGCGCCAGACGGUAUUGUUUAUGCGCACAAUGACAAUAAUUUAUACUGGGCGCAAGGAGCGCUCAUAUUUUGGCGCGCGCGCCUAGGCGAAGGCGCGAAAAAUCCUUCAUUUUAGUCUUGGCUUUCAACGGAGAUGAACGUCCAAAAUAUUCGCUUGUAAUUUUUCUACAAAGUACAACGAGAUCUACAAGAAUUUUUGUUGAAACCAUCAUCGAUCGGGAAUCAUCUUAAUUUUGCUUAAUGCAGCUGUAAAUGCUGUCCGAAUUACUUGAGGAUUCUCUAUUUCUUGCCUGGCCUAACGAUUAACCGUCUGCUUUGAACCGAGUUUUAUACGACGGUACCGUACGAGGAGCUACGCUACGUGUUGUCGCUAUAACUUAAGUAUAACACUAGCGCUUAGCAGUAGCACUAGCAGUAGCAGAUCGGCUGGGUCCUAGAACUUUUUGGUUUCAGCAACGAUGAGAAAUUGACUCGAGAUGGAAUUCCGUUCAACGACGUACGGUCGACUGGGAUUCAUCAUGAUUAUGAGUAUUGAAUGUUACGGUAGUCAGAGCCCGAGUCAGAGGUCCUACUACUACUAGCUCCCGAGACCGAGUAUGAUGCGAAGCCUGUGGCUGAGCCGAGGCAACGGUCUGGAUUAGCAGACGGAAAGGGGUCGGUACCAGACAAUUUACAAGUUCCAGUCUCUGCAAGACCUAGCCUAUCCGGUGAGUACGGAAGCAGGAAUAGAUCUAGGCUAGACUCAGUUUCAGUCUGGAUUAGUGUUAGUAAAAAUAGUAUACUAAACUAAAGUACUAGGCUAGUAGUAGUAGGCCUAGGCCUAACUUAAUUAAGCCUAUUGUUAAUGUUAGUUAGGCUUGUUGAAUGAUCGAGGCCUGCUACAGAGUACAGUGCUAGUACAAGUAGUACUAGUAGUAUCGGGGUGAUUUGUAACUUGUGGAGUUUUCUUAGUUUAAACUAGCGCAAGUAGGCCUGCCUAGGCCUUAGUCUGAGAUUU